AUGAAUACCAAUAUAUUCUCAUAUAUUAUUAAUGAGGUACAACUUGACAAUGAGAUUCGCCUUCUUCCUAAUCCUCCUUGUAAACUAUAUUCACAAAUUACAGGGUUCAUUUCGCCUGAUCUUAAUAAUAUCAAUCAUUUAGGCAUCCCCAAACCUCAAAACGCUUUUAUCCUAUAUCGUAAAAAUUAUGCUGCAAAACAUAAAUCUUCUGAUUAUCAAAACUUGGCUCGUGAAAAACAUAAAUUGAUUUAUGGUAAAAAAGACAGCACUACUGGUAACCAAUUACCAAAAGGAUAUACUUUUAUUGAUCAACAACCAGUACUGCUACAAAAAAUAGAAGUUGAUAAUAAUAACAACAAUUAUUAUAAUCCAAAUUCAUCAUCUUUCGCUUCUUUUCUUCCAUGUUCUAUUUCAUCCGAUAAUAUUCUUCCUAUUAAUUAUGACAACAACAUCAUCAAUAAGACUAAUGCUCUAUUCCAAUCCACCCAAUUCAACAAUUUAAAUGAUAAAAAUCCUCUAGAAGGUUUUCAACAAUACAUACAAACUGAACAAACAGAUGUACAAUUAUAUAGAGAUUGUUUAGAUUUAUUGGAUUUUGUCACAAGAUAUAUUUGA